AUGAGUAUUCUACAUAAAGGUGAUGGAACUAUUCUUACUGAGCAAAGUGACAUCCAUAAUGAAGUGAUGGAGUUUUAUAGAAAGUUAAUGGGAAGUAUUGCUUGUAAUUUAAGGCAUAUUGAUAUCCAAGCUAUGAGGGAUGGUAAGCAAAUUACUUUUGACCAAGGAGCUUUUCUCACUGCAACAGUUACAGAAGCUGAGAAUGCUAAAGCUCUGCAGGGAAUUGGUGAUUUGAAAGCACUUGGCAUAGAUGGUUAUGGGGCAAAAUUCUUCAAAAAUAGCUGGAGGCUAGGGAGUGUGAUACAGGAUAUUGUUCAUACUAGCCAAGCAGAUUUUGUGCCCGGUCAAGUUAUUCACAAUCAUAUUCUCCUUGCAACUGAGUUGAUGAAGGGGUAUACUAGAAAGGGUGGAACCCCUAGGUGUAUGAUGCAAAUAGACCUCCAAAAAGCUUAUGAUAUGGUUGACUGGGGUGCCUUGGAGGGGGUUCUUACUAAAUUUGGAUUGCCAAAGAAGUUUAUUGGGUGGGUCAUGAAAGUCAUUACUACUGUGAAUUACAGGUUCAACAUUAAUGGAGAGUUGUCUAAUGUGCUAGAGGCUAAAAGAGGCAUUAGGCAAGGGGACCCUAUUUCCCCUUUGCUAGGUGAUGAGAAGUCUAUAGAGAUGAUUCUAAAGGCCUUCAGUUUCUUUUCUAAGUCUACAGGACUACAGAUUAAUCCAGCAAAGUGUAAGGUGUUUUGUGGUGGCUUGAAUUAUGACAACAUACAAGUUGUGAAGAAUAUCACAGGGUUUGAAGAGGGAACUCUGCCUGUCAGAUAUUUGGGGGUUCCUUUGUCUUGCAAAAAACUCAAUGUCCAUCAUUACCUGCCUCUUGUGGAGAAGAUAGUGGGGAGAAUCAGACAUUGGUCUUCUAAGCUGUUAAGCAUAGCAGGUCGAAUUCAGCUUGUGAGGAGUAUUAUCACUGCUAUAGCUCAUGCAGAGGUGAAGAGGAAAAGCCCUGUGGCUUGGAAGCAAGUUUGUAAACCUGCUAGAUGUGGUGGUCUAAAUUUGAUUAAUCUUGAGCUGUGGAAUUUAACUUCUAUGCUUAAAUGUUUAUGGAAUAUCUGUUCUAAGGAUGACAAUCUUUGGGUAAAAUGGAUCCAUGCUUAUUUCUUAAAGGGAAACAAUGUCAUGAGUGCAAAAGUAAUAGCACGUGGAUACUGA